UUCAGUGUUUAUUUUUUGCAGUGCUGCGGCUGGGGGCGUGUAUUUAAAUGGUGCCGCGCAGCCAAUGAGCGCCGAGGGGCCGGCCCAUGUGGGCAGCUUGUUUACAACAGACCUUCCCGAGGAGCUUUAACCCGGCCGGCAAGAAACGGGCGAGAAGCAAAGCCCGGCGCCGGGAGCGAGCAUGUGGAGCCGCGUGGCGCGGGAGGCUCUUUCGCCCCGGUGGCAAGGCGCGUAGGGGGGAGCCGCGACCCUGAGGAGUCCCUGCUAGACAGCCUCGUUCAGCGGCUUCAGUGCGUCCGAGAUGGCGAGUGUGCUGUCCAGGCGGCUGGGGAAGAGGUCCCUGCUGGGUGCUCGCAUUUCUGCCCCCCCUUUGCUGGGAGAUGGGGUUCUUGUGACAACACAAGUUUCCUCCUUGCACCCAGAGCUUAGCAAAAUGUCUUCUCCCCUUGCUUCAUAUGAGGACAGCCACUUAAAGGAGCAGGCUGAAGAGUCCACAAAUCAAAACCAAAACUGGCUGGCGCUGGAACCGGGACAAAAGGUUUAUGUCUUCCACAAUGGGCAAGAAAAUGCUGGUCUGGUGGACCACCAUGACCGUAUGAGCAAUGAAGUUAAAGUGUUGCUCUUGGAACAGGGAUUUCAUGUCUGCAGGAAAGCCAAGGAAGUAAGGCUAGCUGAGGUCCCGAUACCACCUCUCCCAACCCUUCAGAUGGACCAUGGAACUGCCACAGUGACGGGAUACGGCACUGCCCCUGUGGCGAUGGAACAGUGUCCCACCACAGCACCUGUUGCUACUGGGUCUGCUCCGCGAUCAGUUUCUAGGAAUAUUGAUGUACCAAAAAGGAAAUCAGACACUGCAGUGGACAUGGACGAGAUGAUGGCAGCAAUGGUCUUGACCAGCUUAUCCUGCAGCCCAGUUGUCCAGAGCCCCCCUAACAGCGAGGCCAGCAUCCCUGCAUCUCAAGCUGCGUGCGAUGUAUGGAAGGAAAGCGGUGAUAUGUCAGAUGGUGGCAGCAGUACCACCAGUGGGCACUGGAGUGGUGGCAGCGGCAUCUCCACCCCUUCACCCCCCCACUCUGAGGCCAGCCCCAAGUACGCAAGCGAGGCCUUCAGUUCCCCUCGGGCUGAUGAUGGCUUUGAGACAGACUCGGAUCCUUUUGUCUUCGAGGAGCCUGCUCCGAGGAAAAGAAAGAAUUCUGUGAAGGUGAUGUACAAGUGUUUGUGGCCCAGCUGUGGCAAAGUCCUCCGCUCCAUUGUUGGAAUCAAAAGACAUGUGAAAACUCAGCACUUGGGAGAUGGUGCCAACUCUGACCAGAGGAAGAGGGAAGAAGACUUCUACUACACUGAAAUGCAAGUGAAGGAGGAGGUGCCACCUGAGCCCACAAACACCGUUGCCAGCCCCCCUUCGGACUCCUCUCCCGUUGUCGUCCAGCAGGUUCCACCCCAGCCUGAGGCCCUCAUUCUGGAUCAGGCCACCCCUUUGGAGCCUCCCUUGCCCAGCAGUGCCCUCAGCCAGUCUGCCCCCAGUUCUUUUUGGCAUAUCCAGGCUGACCAUGCAUACCAGGCUUUGCCAUCCAUUCAGAUCCCAGUCUCCCCACACAUAUUCACCAGUAUCAGCUGGGCAGCUGCCACAUCCACCAUUCCUACUUUGUCACCGGUUCGAAGCCGGUCCUUGAGUUUCAGUGAGCAGCAGCCGCAGCCACAGCAGCCGCCACCGCCCGUUCUGAAGUCCCACCUGAUUGUUGCAUCUCCUCCUCGGGCACCCAGCGGCACCAGGAAAGUCCGUGGCGAAGCCAAGAAGUGCCGCAAGGUUUAUGGCAUCGAGCACCGGGAUCAGUGGUGCACAGCCUGCCGGUGGAAAAAGGCCUGCCAACGAUUUCUAGACUGAGCGUACAUGUACACACACACACACACGCACACACACACUUUGAUGUCGGAAGGCUUGGAGGUCUCCGUCUCGCCACAGGUCAAAAGCUACCCACCAGACCUCAGUGUGUGUUUCUACAUCUGGGGCUUGGCGGCCUGGGAGCGCCCCCUGGUGCUUUGUCGGAGAUUUUGCGAGCUGCAUGCUCAUCCUGAAACUGUACAGUCUACGUCUGCCAGGUUUUCUAACUUUUGAUGUUUUGUGGGGAUGUUUUUUACACAUUUUCCUUUUUUUAAACAAACACACACCCUUUCUAUUUGUAAAUAAGAGGGAGGAAAGAAAGGGAGGGAAGAAAAUGAAAAUGGCUGGUUUGGUAGAUCUUGCAGACUUGUUUCUUGUUGGGCGCAGGGACCAAAGAACUUUGAUCUGUUCCCCAGUACGUGGGUUAGGUUGACUGGGUUGCAGUGGGGAGCAUUAAGGAUGUCCUUCUUGCCCGCCCAGAUUUGCUUAUGAGCACAGAGGAGACGAAGCGUGUCAGUGGACUGGUGGGCAGGAGCGGCUGACUUGCUGCUGCCUGCCGGUCCCCCAAAGGAAUGAAAAGAUUGCACUCUGAAGCGUGUGUUGCUUUUACGGAACAGGUGCUGUCGGAAAAACAAUCAGCAUUGCAUUAAAUUACAAUCAAAUUUACCUAUAAAGAUUUUUCUUUUUAAGGAAAAAAAACCCCUAGAAACGCAAGAAGUAGAAAAAAUUUGCAAAUACUUUGCUGACUUUUCUCCACCAACGCUGUUUGGUCACUUUGAGGGGAAAAGCAGAAACACUUGAACUGGCUUAAAAGUUGCGGGGGGGCGGGGGGGGGCGGCUAGCAGGGUUCGGUUGCCUCUUCCCUGCUGUGGAGAUCUGGUUGCCGCAAAGCUUAGAGCACUGUAAGAGUUGGUGGUGGUGCUUGCACCAUGGAAGGGGCAAGGUUGGGGUCCUCUGUUUCUUGAGCCUUUGUUCCAGUACUCCUGGUGUGCCACUUUCUAGGCCAUUCUGCACAUUUACACGACAGCAAGCUGAAGGCCACUGUUCAAUGCAUGUUUGAGCAAGAGCUGCAAGAAAUCCUGGGUCCCUGUUUGGUCUUCUGGUAUGAUGCACAUCUCUCCAAACGUGCACAUGACUUGUUCGCACAUGGAAGUUUCAGGUUUGGGUUUGGCAGCUGCGUAGUUGUUCUGAUCGUAGUUAGAUCAAACCAGUCAGGGGUGCCAAAAUGCAAAGCCAGUCUAGUCUUCCCCAUUCCAUCCUUUCCUUGCCAAGUGCAGCCCAGUUGCACAAGCAACCCAACAUAAGCCAAGUUAGUGAAGCCAUAAAUGAGUCAAGUGCUGCAUUCCAGAAUCCCUUGCAGUUUCUCAGAGCAUGCUGGAGCACUGCUCUUGGGUGACACAAAGAACUUAUUGGGUGGCAAAGUGUUGUGGGCUGACCCUGCUCUUCUUUUUGAGCUAGUCUAGUGCCAAAGCAUGACUCUAUCCUGCACUUUAAUGCAACCAAAACAAUUAGUGGGGUUGUCACGUUUUUGUUACAAAAUGCAACUGACGCAGAGAUUUCUCUGCUUGACAGUGAAGUGGUGAUUGUUUUGAAAUUUUGAAGCCCUGGGGGGAAAAAACUUGAUUGUUUUAGAAGUUUGGGGGAAAGGAAUUAUUUUGGAAAAAAUGGAAAUUUGGGGGGAAAGUGACAUAUAUGCAAUGCUUAUAUUUUUUAAUCAAAGUUAACAUUACUGUUAGAAGCAUACAAACUGAAUCAGAUAUGCUUUAACUUGUACAGUGACCCUAUUUGGUUUAUCAAGGAAUUUUAAAAAUUAAAAAUUUAUUGUUAACUCAAAUAAGAAUUAAAAAUACACCCAGGGUUAGACAAGAAGCUGCAGACUUCUGCAUUGUAAAGUACCAGUGCCUAUUUGAAUUGUCACCAGUUGAGAACACAAGAAUAAAAUAAAAAUAGAAAACAGAAGCCCAGUGGCAUUGUAAUAAAACAAAUAAGAUAUUAUUAUGUAGGUUUGGAAGCAGCACAUAGAUCUCAAUAUUAUCAAGCAGAAGCAGAUAAAAUUAACAUGAGCACAUGAACCUGCCUUUUAUUAAAUCAAGCCAUUGGUGAUCAAAGUCAGUAUCAUCUACUCAGACUGGCAAGCUCUCUCCAGGGUCUCAGACAGAGAUUUUUCCAUAUAACCUUUGACCUGGCCUGUUCAACUGGGGAUGCUGGGGAUCGAACCCGAGACCUUCUGCGUGCCAUGCAGAUGCUCUGCCAUUGAGCUGUAGUGCCUCCCCUAUUGGUUUUUUAAGCAGAGAAGUACUUGGGGAAAACAUCCCUAUAAUUUCAGCCCAACCCAGUGUCCUGGGGCAGCUCUAAAAGGCUUCCAGGUGGUGCGGGGAGGCAGCUGGAACGAAAACAGGCCCUGCUUCCCAGAAGUCCUCCAUAGGGCUUAAUGGAGUUACACCACCCAAGCCCAGCCUGAACCAGACACCUGAAAGAGAUUCUACAUUUCAAGUCCUAAGAUGGUUGCUUAUUUAGCAAUUCAGACAAAUGCAGCAUCCAUGCUAUCUUCUGUAACAUUUUGGGUUGAAGAGCUUGAAUUGGCUAUAAGAGUGUUUUAAAAUACUGAGUAUAUCAUUCAAAGUAUAUCAAAGAGUAUAUUAUUCAUUGUUUGAAAGAGGAACUAUUAAAUAAGAGGGCUUAAAAUGUGUACCCCAGAUUUCCAUUUUUUCCUCUUUCAAGCUCCAGAGAAAUCCAAGAAAAAAAUGUUAUUGGAGGAUUCCUCCUGAUUUUUCCUACCAGGCUUUUGUGAACCAUCAAUCCUAUGUGCAGACAGUGGUGAGAGGUUAGACUCUCCCAUUGGGCCCACUGGCCCAGGCCCACUGAAUGUUGAUGUGUUUAGUUGUAACAUUUGCAUAUGGAUUUUAUGUGUGUGUAAAGUACCAUGUGCAAAGGACCAAAUUGUAAAAGUGUUUACUGGACUUUAUGUGGGUUAAAGACACUGCGGGGCCCAGGCACAUUGGCAUUUCUGUACACAGGCCUUGUGCAAGCCGUCGACCCAGUGUACGGACAUGCAGCAUCCCAGAGGACCAGUCAAAUUCAGUCCACUGAACCUCACUUGCAUUGUACAUGCCAGAAGGGCACAUUCGGUCUUGGCAAACGCAAAAGUGCCCACCACACUAUUCUGAGUGCAGCACUGCUCAAGCAAAGGAUCUCAGCGAUGUCGUUCAGCACAAUGGCUGUGAUUGUGACUCACACACCCUCAGCACCGGUUCUGAACAAGCCAUAGAUACUUCUAAUGGGGAUAUGUUGUCCAUCUCUAAAGCCACGUUGUACAGUUUGCUUUUAUUUAGCAAAUGUAAAAUGGCAGCUGCAGCCAUUAUGUGACCCGUACAGUGCACAGUGCCAUGGCAGUGGAGUGUGAGGGGGUGGGUGGCAAUGGAGAGGGGUUGGAUGUUUCUCCCAGCGCUUUGAUAAUCAGGAUUGUUAAGCUAAAGAUGCAAACCCAGGGCAGGUUCUGUGGCAGGAACAAGCCUGCUACUUUAUUGGGGAAGGACUCCACACACACACCCCCCCUCCGGGCAUCUCUUCUUGUAAAAUAGCAACUGAACCAUGUGAUUUGGAGAAUAAUUCUUUCUUUACAAAAAAUGUGAGCCCUCUUGCUUUAAGGGUACUGGGAAGGGGUUGGGUGGGGCAGUUUAAAAAAGGAGUUUCUGUACAUUAUUGGUGCUUGUUGAUAUUUUUGUGCUUUUUUUUGUUUGUAAUUUUGUGCAUAAUAUACACAGUAUGUUUGGGGGGGAGGGGGUGUUGUUUUCCUGCCCGGACUUCUGUUCAGUGCUAAACUGGUAGAUGCCAAAAUGGCCUUGUGAGGAACUAGAUGCUGAUUGAAUCAGAUGGCUAAAAUUUGAUCUUAUAUGUUUUCUUUUCAAAUUUUGAACAUGGACGUUUUAAGAAUAUGUGAACUUCAGAUUUCCACUAGGGCUUGUGAAUGUUUUUUUUUUUAAAUUCAGAAAUUGACAGUUCACAAUAAUGAUGAGGAAACUUUUGAAUCUUCCUACAAAUGUGAAUUUUUGAUCACAGAAUUUGGAUUUCGGUGGCAGUGUUUUAAAAAUGUGGUUUUUGAAAUCCCAAGAAUCUCUCCCCGCCCCCCCUUCAAAUUUGAAUCUUGACCUUUGUAAAUUCACCACGUUUUCAUCUGGAACAAAAUCAUUCCUUUCAGCUCUAGCAAGCCCAUCCUGUUUGUUUCUUGCUUACCCAACCCAAAUGCUUAGUGAAUGUUGCUGCAUGCUUCUGUUCUAGCAUUCGAUUUACAGUGAACUCUUAUAGGAUACAGAUCCAGGUUGUUUUUAUUUUAGUGCAGUAUUCAGACAUAUUCCUGGAUGACAAGCCUACUAAUGGCCUCUAAACAUGAUACCUGAAGGGAACCUUCAUGUUCAGGGGCAGUAAAUUCCUAAAUACCAGUGCCAACCUCUGUACCUAUUACUUGCCCUUCAGGGCAACUGGUUAUCCACUAUGUGAUAAUUGGACUGUAUGAAUGCUGGACUGCAUGAAUCCACUGGUCUGAUCCAGCAAAGCUCUUCUGGAGUUCCAAACCUGCACUACAGCUGUCCUGCACUCUCUUUCCAUUCCACUUUCUUCUCACUUAUGCCACUAGACUAGAGGCUGUCCGAACACUGCCAGAACCAGGGAGUUGUGAAUGUAUCAGGCUACCUUACUCUGACCACUGAUGUAUCUAAUUCACAACAGCCCACUGUGUGUGGUAGCAGUUCUCGGGGGGUGGGUGGUCUUGGGCAAAGAAAGGCACUUUCUAGCACAUCCUGUCAGAGAUACUCAACUGUUGAUGCUGUUGAGCUACAGCCCCUCCCUCUAUACAUGACAAGAAAUGAAUUACAGAUGGGAGCAGCAAUCGGAAGCACAUAAAUAAAGUCCCAUCCACCCACCCCCAGGAGCACCAAUUGGCUUUUCCAGGCCAGAGGCAAAAGACAGAGAUGCUCGGCUGCUGUGGUAAUGGGUCUUUCUGACAGCUUAGCUUUGUAGGAUGGCAGAAGAGCUUCUAACCCCUCAGAAGCCUCUCUUGACUUGACAGAUGGGAGGAAAGCUCACUCUGUUUUCAGAGCUGGUUUGUGGGUUGAUGGGAGGUAAAAUGGCUUGGCUCUCCUGGUGUAGGCCUAGCCUUGACUUUGCCACAAGGCCUCUUGUCAGGCACAAAUCAGUGAUGUCAGUGGUCCGCCACAGGCUUGGGGAGGCUUUAGUUCAGCGUGGCUGCCCCUGUAUCAAAUCGGCCAAAUGCUUCAGCCAAGUAUUUCAGCAGUUGUUUCUCUUUGCUGACCUUCUCUGAUGUGCAUGCAACCUGGACUCCUCUCGGGCACACCCCUACCAUUGUUUGCACUUCUGAUUGGGUGCUGCAGCACUCAGUUGGCACUCUAAGCAGUAAGCUGGGAAAAGCUGUUCCCUUUUCACUGGGACUUGCCAGGUGUGUUGACCGACCGCAGUGGUUGGCUGAGAAGGAAAUGUUGCAUCCCUGAGCAUCCCAAGAUAAAGAACUCUAGCUGGAUAGAGAGGGAAAGAAGACACCUCCCUCCUGUGUGUGCUUUAAGUGCCGUCAAGUUGCCUCCAACUAAUAGUAUGUCCCUUCCCUUGUAAACCCCACUGGGUCACCAUAAGUCAGUUGUGACUUGAUGGUGCACACAUAUAGACCCCUCCCUCCCCUAUCCCUUGCCAGCCUCUUCUUCGUUUCUCCUCAGAAGCCUGUCUAGUAGACAGGGUUGGCCUUUCAGUUGGUGCGCUGACAUCUACUCCUCCCCGCUUUUCCAAUUUCUGCCCUGUCUCUCUGUUGCACUCACACCGCUUGCACCUCUGUGUCAAAAGUCAACAUUCAUAUUUUGGAAUGUUCGUUUCUUCUGCUCUGGAUUCUACGAAAGGCUUCUGAAGCUCAAGGGUCUCCGAUGAUUCUCAGGUUGAAGCAACUCCCAUCUUUCCGGGAGGAGUUUAUUUUUUGGUGAGCUUCCAUCUCUGAUUUAAACUAAUACUGGGCAAUAAAUUUUUGGGUUUUUUUUUUUUAAUUCUCCUCCAUUUAAAAAGGAAGAGAAGUUGUGAAAGCACUCUCUUCUUGUUUGUGUUUUUGGGACUUGGGGAGAAAUUCCUGAUAUGUCUGAAGAUCAGUUUUCCCACUGUCAGAAGCCGGGGCCAUGCAUUUUUUUAAAACAACAACAACAAUCUUUUGCUUGUUUUUUGUUCUGAUUAAGGUGGAUUUUUGGGAGGGGGAGGGGAGAAAAAGGGAUAAAUUGUAAACGAUUUCCAAAUAACAGUCAAAUGUUGAAGCACAUGGUAUACGGUAUUCCCUUGCUAAGCUAUGCAGAGUCUUGGGUAUGAAACUGUUCUGUUGUCCCCAAGGUAUCAUAGGAGCGUGUGCUGUUGGUGGAAACCAGCCGCUGCCAAAGUUUAUUAGGGGCUGUUCUCCGCCUUUCAGCACAUCACCAACCUUUCUCCAAUGCCUCAUUCCAAAAUUUAUAGCACUUAAGUUUGGAGCAUGGAAAAAAAAACUUAUCUUACAUAGGAAUAUAUUUGUUAGCAGUAUUUUUUUAAAAAAUAGGAUAAGGGUUUUUCCCUCCCCAUUACACUUUAUUUUGUGAGCUGUGCGGUACACAUUUGACCGGAUGAUAUGUCAGUGACUUUUUGUGUGCAUUUGGAAUAUUUUUUUAAUCUUGCUUUUUAGUAAUGUGAAGUACAGGAAGAGAAAAAAAAAUUGGAGACCUGUGUGAAAAUGGGUGAGGGGAAAUUCUUUUCUCAUUUGAAAUUUUUACAUCUGCACUGAAUAGGUGCAAAUCUUGUCCUCCCCCCUUCUUCUUCUUCUUUUUUUUGUGAACUGGAGAUGCUGGUGGUUGAACCUGUGACCAGCAAGAACGCUGAGCCAUGGCCGCUCCUGUGACUGCCCCCGUUCUGCUCAGUCCUAUCCUAGCAGAAGCCAGAACACAUCAACUUUCGCCAUGCCUUUUGUAAACGCUCUUGUUUGACGUCUGUCUUAGAUACUAGUGCUGAGCCCAAAGACAGAGUUGACUUUGAUAUCGAUAAUCUAGCCAGUGGAGGAAAAACCUGCUUACAUAAAUAUGCCCAUGUUUGCAGAAAAUAAUUUUGACCCUCGAAAGCCUAAAAAGUCCUAAAGGUCCCCAUAUCUUCAAUUAUGCUGGAAAUUUUACAUCUCUGAGCUUUUUUUUUUUUGUUACGUUUUGGAAAAAGGAUAAAUAUUUAUGAGUACCUGAGUAUUUACGGCUACAUUCCUGCCCCCAUUUCUCAGGCCAGAUUUCUUCUUGACGUUUGUGUGUGGUUUUUUCUGCAUCCACAGAAAUUUAAGACUUAACGUAGUCAGAAGAAAGUCCCCGCCCAAGCUGAGCAUUCCUUUACCCAUCUCAGAGUAUUGAAUAGGAGCCGUUGAACUGCAUUGUGGGUAGUUGCAACUGAGCCCCGCUCUUGCUAUAUUUUUAGGAUGCAGGUGCGUUUCUGCUUUUAGAUGAUUUAAAGAAAAAAAAUGUACUAUGGCUCUCCUGUCCAUGGCACACUUUAUCAUUUCAUAUCCUGUUUUCAAGUUAUUGUGAUCCAGGACUGAUUUCCUGCAAAACUGCUACCCCCAACACACAAACAAAAAUCUAGUUUUUGUUUCAGAAGGGAGAGCAGAGAGAUUUCAUGCACACAUGUAUACCAUAAGAAUCUUUCUCGGUGGCUCUAACUGGAGGCUACUUCCUGUUCUUCCUAUGCACUGUGAAACCCUGUUUUUGACAGGAGACCACAACCCCAAAUGUGAGAGCGAAAGAGACAAUUACUGUGGAGAAAUUCAGCACCUUCGAUACUCACCAGUCUGUGGGUAGUUGGACUGGAAGCCAUUAGACAAAGUAUAGUCCAGUCUACCACCCAGCAAGAUAUCCUUCUUUGGAUUUAAUGGCCAAAUCCCUUCAAAUGGCUGAAUAGUUGCACAGUGGGAUGGGCGUGCACAUUAUGUGCACAUAUAUGCACACACAAUGUUUGCCAGCACAGGCAAAUAUUGACACUGAUUGCUACCCGAAGACACCCUUACCCCUUCCAUCCAGUAGAACUGCACUAGGGUCCAGGGGGCUAUGUGCGCAAGGAAAGAGGGAGCCGGGCAGAACACUAAACAUCAAGAGUGAGGUGGUGGGCGGGUAGGGGGUAGCAGGGUAGGCCAAAUCACUCCAUCCUCCUCUCAGCUAUUAUGUAGUAGGAGACUCACAGGGAGACUCACACUUAGCCAGCUGGGAAGGAUAGAGCUGCUAGCCCAGUUUAACUUCAGAUGUCCAUAAACCCGAGUUACACAGCGGAACAGUUUUGUGGGCUUGAAUAGUUAGGGAAUGUGGUGAGGUAAAAACUGGCCCUUUCAGUUCGGAGAUAUUUUGAGUGGGGAAAAGGAUGGGAUGCUUUAAUGCGCUAACAGCCGCUCUUUGGGAUGGUGACCCGCUAUCAAGCCUAACGGGGGAAUAUAUCGUAUCGGUGAAUUACUGUCUAAUUGGAGCUUUGCUUUUCAAUUGUCUUCCAAGUAUUAUUUUUAUUGUAAACAAAAAAAAAUGUGAAAUGUAAUUUUUACAACAGCAAUAUGAAAUAUAUUUUAUAAUAAAAUGAUAUGGCCUAA